GUUGUGCGAAACCGCUGCAAACCUGGAAUGGAAGUAGCUUAUACUAAUCGUGCGGACAGUGACGACGAUGAUGACCCUCGGCGGCUCCGAAAUCCCCGCCCCUCUUCCUCAUGAAGGGGCGGAGAUCAUGUCCAAAACUCCGGCGAAAUUGAUACUGUCGCCCUCCGCGACACCUCUCUUCGCAUCAAAAUUCUUGCCAAAAAGAUGGAGGACCAAGACGUGGCGAGAACAAAUUUCAUUGGAAUAGUGCCUGGAAAGCUGGAUAUUCUGAGAGAUCCGGGAAAUGCGGCGUUUGGGAUUGCGGGAUGGGAGGGUCAGGCUGAUCAAAAAGAUGCCACCGCCGAAGACGGCGACUACAUCGUCCGCAACCCGCUAGUCCUAAACCAAGCCUACGCGGGCCUCCCCGCCAAACUCACCCGCACCUUCGUCACCCACAUCAUCUUCAUCACCGUCAUCAUCAUCUUCUCCCUCUUCCUCCUGCGCGACGCCGUGCACACCAACGGCGAGCGCGCCAAGCAGAAAAUGCGUUCCGCCUGCGCCGGGCUCGAAAUCGGCGCGACCGCUAUGGCGUCCAUACCGCAUUAUGCGGCCGACGGCUUGAAUCGCGCGACGGUGAACAGCAUCAAUGCGAUUGUGUCGCAUACAACUGCGAUGCUGGUGGGAGCCGUGCAAUUGUUGAAUUCGUUGAUCAUCAUGACGUUGCAGAAGUAUACCAGUCUGUUGUUCUGUUUGUUGGAUAUCGUGGUGAAGUUGACGGUCGGAACGGUGUCGCAGUACGCGGGCGAGAUUACGGAUUUUCUCAACGUGCAGCUCGCCGGGAUCAAAACGGCGCUGGAGAACAGUUUAGGGAUGCUGAACGAACAGAUCCAGAACUUUGAGUCCGCGCUGGGGGAUGCCGUGCAGACCAUCGCGGGGAUCUUUGGAGGCACGGUCGACGCCAACGUGUUUGCCCCCGUCAGUUUCCCGGGAGUCAUCAGCAAAUUGGAUUUCACGAUUCCGACCAGUUUCGUGGACGAGCUGAAAGGGCUCUACGACAAGGUCCCAAAAUUCACGGACCUAGAAAAACAGCUGGAGGCGUUGAUCUCCACGCCGUUCGUGAUGCUCGAGAACUUGAUCGAGCAGGAACUGGGCGGGUUGACGGGGUUCUCGUCGGGAAAGGUGUUGAUAGCCGCGCCGGAUGCGUAUGCGAGGGUGGAGUUUUGCGAUGGAGCGAUCCACUAUGACUGGGUCGACACCAUCGUGGCCGCGAUCGAUAAGGCGCUGCUCUACGGGCUAUACCUGGUGAUAGCCUUUGCCUCCGCGUCUAUCCUCGGAAAUAUUGUCGUGACGACCUACGAGCACUGGAAAUUCAACGAGGAAGUGAAGCGGUUCGCGAAAGUGUUGCAGAACCACCAAUAUCUGAACGAGCAGCUGGCGAUGAAAGCGGGGACGAAAGUCAACAAACACCAGUUCCGCGCUGUUUCGCGCGACCUCAUACAUGCCGCGACCAGGCCGACCAUGUACCGCUUCACGAGGAUGUUGACGAGGCUGGUCCGCUCGGAGAAGGCGAGUAUCCGGCUCCGCUGGUUCUUGGACUAUGUCUCCCACGCGCCCAGCUUGCAGAUGUUCAUGGCGGGGGUGCUGGGGUGCGCGGUGAUUUAUUUGCAGUUGCGCAUGAUUGAGACGAUUAAGGACGAGACGGCGGCGAUGGUGGCGAGCGGGGCGGCGAGCACGAUCGACGCGAUGGUGAUGGCUGUUGACGUCGCGAUGCUGAACGUCGCAGCGCCGUAUAUCGCCCACACGAACGGUGCGAUCAAGGCCGUCGAGGAUUUGGCCAACGAUAAGCUGUUCGGAUGGGUGAACACGACGGUUGACGCGAUAGACAACGCACUGGGCGUGUUUGUCAACGGACUGGAUUCGGCGCUAGGGGAUGUGUUUGGCGAGGUGCCGGUGCUGAGUGCGGCGAUGAACCAGUUUGUGAUGUGUGUGCUGGGAUCAAAUAUGGCGACGCUGGAUGCAAUGGCGGCUGGGUUCAAAGCGAGCGCGCAUAUUAGUUUUCCGAGGGUGAAUACCACCGAUUUGGUUGGUGUUUCGCAAGCUGCUAUUCGCAUACAACUAAUAAAUGCAGCAGAGUUGAUGGAGAGUUCGGCGGCUGCAAACACCAGUACCGCAGCCGCGAAUGCGACGGUUGCCAAUGGUACUGCAACGUCCACCUCAGCGACGGCCACGGGGACUGCCAUGACGGCGACAUUAAAACGGCGGUCGGACGACACGACAUUGAGCAACUCGACGAAAGACCCACUGGCGGCGUAUUUUGAACGAGAAAUCGAUGAUUUUCUGGAUGCGUAUCGGGCCAGUCUCAAAGUUCAAAUCCUCCCCUAUCUAGCGCUGCUCGGAUUCGGAUCCAUUGUUAUCAUCAUGGGACUUCUCAGGCUCUUUGUCUGGGUCAUCGCCGACUGCAUACGAGAUUGCCGGAAAGCUUAUCGAUCAAGAUCACAUAUGCUCCCCAAGACGUCACGGUUCAGAGUUAACUUCGGCAGGCAUUUGUUUGGCAGGUUUGGAAAUCGGUCUGGAGAGAGGAAGAUGAAGCAGCGGCCAUCCGGAGACUCGCUGGCGACGCCGCCUAGUGUGGUACAUCGAGCGGACUCUGAGCUUGGUUCUGAUGCCGGUUCAAGAAAGGACAGGGGAGCGGCGGUCACGGAGGUGCUGCGGAGGAGUCUUCUGUUUCCGCACCUCGCCAUGCCGGAUGCAAAUAGUUCGGGAUCGCAUCUAAUCCCGAACGCCGUAUCCUCGCCGCCGCCGCGUGCACGGACAGCGUUAGCAGGGCCACGCCCGAUGAACGAAUUCACAGGCAUGAAAACCGUGAGCGAUUUCCCUGCAUUACAACCACGCCCCAACGGCGGGCCACAGGGUCCGCGAGCCAUGAACAUGAACCUGGACCCCGUCGCCUCCUCCUCCCCUCGGAUAGGAUCGCCGAACACAAGCACAGGGGCAUUAAGCUCCUUUCAAAGGUCCCAACGGCAGCAAAAUCGACCUCUGUCUGCGCUCUUCACAGACUCAGGACGGCAAACCCCAACGGGAUCUGAAUCACCCGUGCCAACACCAGCCAUCCUCGAACCAGCAAUUACGCAUCAGUUCCAGUUCAAGCUGCUACCCCACCAAAGUCUAGUCGCAUCCGCACCGCUGAGCGCGUCCCCCUCCGCGCCGUCUGCUCCACCGCCACCCAUACCCACCAACCAGCAAUACGCCAGAUCUCCACAUCCGGGGCUACCCCCGAUGUAUUCGCCGGCCGUGACGUCCGCGACGGCAUUGGUUCGGCCGUCGCUACGGAACUCGAAUCGGCAGAGUUGGCAUCCGUACAACAAUGGUAGGGGGCGCGCGGACUCUGAUGAUGAGGACGAAUGGGACGACAUUUCAAGAGAGGCUGCAGCUGCUGUGGCGAUGCUUGCUGCAAAGGCGAGGCGAGGUGUAUAGUUUUGGGGAAUUGACUUUUGUAUCAUAGUGGGCUUAACGAGUACCAUUUUGGACUCCUGACUGCAUGCAUAUGCAAAUGGCAGGCGGCGGGCGAAUGAAUGUGCGACAGUUCGAAGACGCUCCGUUCCACUUCACCAUGAG